GCAAAGGAACGCACGCCCUGCCCCGGUCACGUGAGCGGCGGGGCGCACCACUGCGGCGGGCGGAGGGGGGGGAGAAGCCGUCGGUGAAGGGGACGGGGGGGCGUCCCCGAGGAGGCUGCCUCGUCUCCCGCCCUCUGCCGCGUGGAGGAUCCAUCCUCACUCGCCUGCACGAAGAUGGCAGCCUUGGGCCGGGCGCUGAGCGCCCUCCGCCUCUGUGCCAAGCCGCCGCUGCCCACCGCCACCUCCGCCCGCACCAACUCCAACCGCGCCGCCAUCUCCCACCUGAACCGGCAGCUCUACGGCCGCCUCUACCCCGUCCUCCUCGUCAAGCUCGACGGCUCCACUGUCCGCCUGCGCUACAGGGAGCCCAAGCGGAUCCUCAUGCUACCCCUGGACAGCAGCACCCUGCCCGAGGCCCAGCGCAAGGCCCGGCUGCGGAGGCAGUUCCCCAGCAAGCCGAAGGCCGAGACGGAGGAGACGUUUGAGGGCAUCGACCUGGGCACCUACGAGCGGUUCUGGAAGAAGUGAGGCCCUGAAAUAAAAUUUAUAUAGAAAAUAAAAAAAAAAUAAUAAAAAAAAAUAAAGCCGGGAAA